CAAGUCCAACGCUUGCAUUAGGUAACAUGAAAUUUUCCAUCGCUCUCGUCCUCCUAUUUUGUGGAGAAGCAGCAGCCAGUGGACGGCAUCGUAAAGCCUGCGGAGAAUCCUCAGGUUGCAACUAUGUUGUCGUACCGCACGAAGCUGGGGAAGCGCCUGGUAACGAGGACUUUGCUCGGCUCUUGCUGGAGGCCCACGAUGGCCGUAGAACAGAGGAUGUAAUGAGCAUUGUCACAACGCUCAACCCCUCCGAUUCUGGAGUACUAUCCCCGUCUGCUUCACCGCCUAGUUCCGGUGGCGGAGUUCCUUCUCCUACGGCUACCUCCGGAAAUGGCGACGCAUCUCCAGACAGUGAUGGCUCGAAUUCCGAAAUGUCAUCGCCGCCGGAUGGCUCUGGACCCGGUUCUUGCCAAACGGACGAAGGAUUUUUUGGUUCGAUGGAGGGAAAUCAGGUGACCGUUACUUUCGGGUACGAACUGGAAACGGACGCGACCUUGACAUCCGAGACAUUGGUGACCGACGCUCUUCCUCCUCUGGAAAAUUCCUUCAAUGACUAUCUUUUGCCAACGUUGUUUCCAUCGGAUUGUGCUCAAGGAACUCGCCAGCGCAAGCUACAAGGUGUGCAUCGCCGACUCCGACUUAUGGGGAUCAGUGUCCGCCCCGACGAUACGCCUUUGGAAGAUGUUGUAUGCGCUGGCCAAAGCGACCCCGGUAAUAGCUGUGUCGUGAUCCGCGGUCAAAUAUCCUUGUUUAUUGAUGAAUCCACUAGACGUCUGCAAGAAGAGAGUGCCCUCGUUCAAAGGACCAUCCAAGUGGGGAUGUCCACCGGAGCUUUUGACGACGCCCACCCUGGAAUUGUUCGAGUCUCGUAUGUUGAUCUUGAAGGCUCGGGAUCUGGCGUCUCGCCUCCAGUCAAUGAAGGUGACAGGGACGCCCCCCAAGACAGCAGUAGUAGUAGCAAUGGUUUGCUGAUUGGUCUCAUGAUCGCCGGAGCUGGAACACUUUUUAUUGUCCUUGGGGCGAUCAUGUACCGCCGUAAGAAGUCAAAAGACAUUGAUGAUUCCGAUCCAGCAUCGACCAUUGGACCCGAAACGACAUUGGGACACGAUACGGUAGCCGACGAAACCGAUGAAGGUCCAGAAGCUGGUAAAAGCUCCCCUCAGAGAGCCAGGGCUUCUUCAGGCGAAUACUCGGCGUUGACAGCUCCCUUUCCGUCUACAGGAUCGGUAACUACAGUUGAUUCGAAUUUUGUGAAGCGAUUCGAACAUGUGUAGACGUGAAAAAAAGAUCAUUCCUUUGCAGAGCGGGUUUCAUAAACACUACGAGUGCCCUCGAUCUAUUCAUAUUCGUCGAAGUAACUAGAAUGGCGUUCAUAUUAUAGUACUGUGUGUUACCAAAGU